AGCUAGCGCGGCUGCUGGACGCUGAGGACCUGCUGCUCGCUCCGCACAUCCCGCAGCCUCGUCCCGCGUGCUCCGCUCCACUCCGCUCCGGUCCGCCGAGCCGCAGUCUCUCCGCCCGGCGCCAUGCAUCCCGCGCGCCCCGCGCUCUGGGCGGCUGCGCUCACCGCACUCACUCUGCUCCGCGGGCCGCCGGUGGCGCGAGCCGGCGCGGGCGCGGUGGGCGCGGGCCCCGUAGUGCGCUGCGAACCGUGCGACGCGCGCGCGCUAGCCCAGUGCGCGCCUCCGCCCACCACGCCCCCGUGCACGGAGCUGGUGCGAGAACCGGGCUGCGGCUGCUGCUUGACUUGCGCGCUGCGCGAAGGCGACGCGUGCGGCGUCUACACCGAGCGCUGCGGCAACAGCCUCCGCUGCCAGCCACGGCCCGGGGAGCAGUACCCGCUGAAGGCGCUGCUGAACGGGCGCGGGUUCUGCGCCAACGCCAGCGCCACCGGCAGCCUGAGCGCUUACCUGCCCUCCCAACCCGCUCCAGGAAACAUCAGUGAAUCUGAGGAGGACCACAGUGCUGGGAGUGUGGAAAGUCAGGCUGUCCCCAGCACACACCGAGUGACUGAUUCCAAGUUCCAUCCACUCCAUGCGAAGAUGGAUGUCAUCAAAAAAGGCCAUGCCAGGGACAGCCAGCGUUACAAAGUUGACUAUGAGUCACAGAGCACAGACACCCAGAACUUCUCCUCUGAGUCUAAGCGGGAGACAGAAUAUGGUCCCUGCCGCAGAGAAAUGGAAGACACCCUGAAUCAUCUGAAGUUCCUCAAUGUGUUGAGUCCCAGAGGUGUCCACAUCCCAAACUGUGACAAGAAGGGGUUCUAUAAGAAGAAGCAGUGCCGCCCAUCCAAAGGCAGAAAACGUGGCUUCUGCUGGUGCGUGGACAAGUACGGACAGCCCUUGCCUGGCUAUGACACCAAGGGCAGAGAUGACGUGCACUGCCUCAACGUGCAGAGCCAGUAGAUACCACCUGCUGUGCCACUUGAUGUGGAGCUCAAAUACGCCUUAUUUUGCACAAAAGACUGCCAACAACAUGAUCAGCAGCUGGCUACAGCCUUGACUUAUAUUUCUUUUUUGUGGUGAACUGAUUAAAAACAAAAAAAACCAAAGUUUAGACAGA